AUGGCCGAAGAACAAAAGACCCCCGUUGUCAACACCGAGGCUGAGAAGGAUGUUCAGAAUGUCCUCGCCGAACUGAAGGAGGAAGGCGCCUCCGAGCAGCCCGCUCAGGACGCCGAUGAGGCCCGCAUUGUCGCCGAAGCUGCUAAGCUCGGAGAGAAGUCUGAGAAGGCCGAGGAGAAGACUACAGAGUCCCAGACUGAGAAGCGCGAGACCCGCAGCUUCCAGCGCGAUGGCCGCGGUGGCCGUGGCCCUCGCCAGAACAACGCCAAGUUCGAUCCCUCCACCCAGGAGGUGACCGACGACCCUGUGCAGAUCCGCAAGCAGGUCGAAUUCUACUUCUCCGAUUCUAACCUCCCCAUGGACAAGUUCCUACUCUCCAAGGUUGGCGGCAGCGCCAACAACGCCGUGCCCCUCGAGCUCCUUCACUCUUUCAAGCGCAUGCGCCGCUUCCAACCCUUCAGCGCGAUCGUCGAGGCUCUCAAGACCGCCGAGAACGUCGAGCUGACUGAGAACGACACCGCCGUCAAGCGCAAGGUCCCUCUGCCCGAGUCCGUGAACGAGCACGAUGCCAAGGCCAUCAAGGUCUUCGAGGAUGCCUCCAUGGCUCGCUCCAUCUACGCCAAGGGCUUCGGCUUUGGUGAGGAAGAGCCCACUACACAGCUCGACAUCGAAGCUCUUUUCGCCCCCUACGGUCCUACAAACGCCAUCCGCCUGCGCCGCACUCACAACGACAAGACCUUCAAGGGCAGCAUCUUUGUUGAGUUCGAGUCUGAGGAGAAGCAGAAGGCAUUCCUCGCUCUGGAGAAGAAGCCCCAGUGGAAGGAGAAUGACCUGGUCUUCAAGAGCAAGAAGGAGUACUGCGACGAGAAGGUCGAGGAGAUCAAGAACGGCAAUGUCUACCCCUCCAACGCUCGCAACAGCGGCGGCCGUGGUGGUAGCCGUGGUGGACGUGGCGGUCGUGGUGGUCGCGGCGGUCGUGGCCGUGGUGGUGGCCGUGGCCGUGGCGGCCGUGAUGGUGGUCGUGACCGCAACGACAAUGAUGGUCGUGACUGGCGCGAACGCCGCACCGAGGACCAGCAGAAUGGCUUCCAGGCUCCCCGUGAGGCCCAGAAGGACUCUCGUGGUGUCCCGGUCGUGCAGAGCACCCAGAAGCGCUCCCGUGAGGAUGAGGGCACCAACGGUGGUGAUCACCCUGCCAAGAAGGUGGACGCCAAGGAAUAA